AUGUCUAACCUCACUGAUAUCACGUCUGCACUCCUCGGUGGUGUUUUCUACGGCUAUAAUGAUCCCAAGUCGACGCUGGUAGCGGCUCCUACCACUCCCACUUCAUUUAAUGGAAGCCAGGCGUUUCAGGUUAUCAUGUUUAGGCUUCCUGGGCCUGCUAGUUAUCUGAGGCCACUAGAUUUCUACGUUAUGCUCGACACUACUGGCACAGAUGCUUCGCUGUAUAAACUCAAGGGGCUGGUGACGAACACGCGAUUCUUUCGGACGGUCGCGGAGCUUCGCGCAGCAUUCGAAGCAGAUGAGCUAGUCGAGGAGUUUUACCAGCCAUCCGACUACGACUGGGCGUUGGUUAAGUAUAACGCUGCGAUGGGGACCCGUGAACUAGAAGAUAAGUUCGCGCCGCAGAAUCUCGAAGUCGGUGGCAAGCGGUAUAAGCUAGACCCGGAGCAGAAAUACGUCGAGUACUUGGGAUGGUCAUUCUACGUCACCCACUCACAAACCCUCGGUAUCAUGCUUUAUGAUAUUCGUUUCAAAGGCGAUCGGGUGCUGUAUGAGUUAUCGAUGCAAGAAGCCGCUGCGCAAUAUGGGGGUUUCCAGCCAAAGGCCGCUUCGACCCUGUAUCACGAUACAUAUUUCCAGUUAGGCGCCGAUUUGUUCCCGAUGGUUGAGGGGUUUGACUGGAAUUAUGACUAUCUAUUCGAUUAUGGAUUCCAUAUCGAUGGCAGUUUGGAGAUCACGGUUCGAGCAUCGGGGUAUCUGCAAUCCUCAUUUUUCUUCCGCGACCAGGGUGCGUGGGGUCCUCGCAUCCAAGAGGCUACGCAAGGAUCGCUACACGACCAUGUGCUGACCUGGAAAGCCGACUUUGAUAUCCUCGGCACUGAGAAUAACCUGCAAGUGACAGAGCUCAAGACGGUCAACACGACGCAGCCAUGGUGGCCAGAGCUUGGCGAGUUCGAACAGAUCGCACUGGAAACUUAUAAUGUCAAAAAAGAGCGAGAAUUAAGCUGGGCAAAUAAUGGACAACUCAUGUACGCAGUGAACCACGCCAGCGAGACGAACAAAUGGGGUUCGCCGCGCGGAUACCGCAUCGUGCCAGGUAAAUCGAAUAUCCGACUCAGCACGCUGAAGUCGCCAUUCUCACGACACAACACCGCGCUGUCCAAGUCGCAUCUAGUCGUAACGCGGCAGCAUGAUACGGAGCCAUGGGGUAAUAGUAUCCAAAAUCUCAACAUGCCCUGGAAGCCACAGCAGGACUUCUCCAAGUUUUUAAACGAUGAAAGCGUCGAGGGCACGGACCUCGUCAUGUGGCUGAACCUGGGCAUGCACCACUUUACGCGCAGUGAAGAUAUCCCUGUAACACUGUACUCCGAAGCCGUCAGCAGCAUCAUGUUCGCGCCGCAGAACUUCUUCGAUCAAUCUCAGGACGGCGACCUUAAGAAUAGGAGGUGGUAUACUGCACCGGAGACAACGGAUAAUAGCAAUGCGACGGAGCUUGUUAGCGAAGCAUACGGGAUCAAUUUGCCGCAAUGCAAUGUAGCGUUACAAGAGCCUACCGUCGCGCCUAUUAUACAGCUAGAAUAA